CAGACACAGAUGUGUUUCUGUGCUUUUAAAUGACUCACGGGCACUUCACUCUCCUGUGGGCUGUCGGCGCUUGGAUAACGACAGACAGGCAGUUUUUCCUGCAAGGAUAGCGCAGCUGACAGUCUGGCUGUCGCAAAAGCGCGUCCUGCCUCCCGGUUUCACCACCACCACCACCACGUAUCCUGCAGUCUCCGGGCAUUUCGGCGCCGCGCUCUUGCUUGCAAUGCUGCCUUUGCUCGAUCAGAAAACCAAAGCGGUGCGCACGCAGUUUGGAUAUCAGAAGUCAACGUAGAAAGGCUGGGGAAGUCGGAAUCGAAGAGAUCCCCAACUAGUGCAAGUGGAUUUACUGAUUGCAGCCGUUCUCUCUCUCUCUCUCUAUGGAUAGUCUACUGCACGAUUCUCAUCUGCGAAACUAAACUUGGAAGAGAGAAGAUUGCGGAAUUUACCGAACACUAAUUUUGCCCACUUGGAUGUAACAGAUUAUUGAUAGCUAUACUUUCCCCUCUCCCUCUCCCCCACCUUGAACAUGACUUCUCUCUCUGGGCACAAAGAGAAGUCUGGGACUAGGAGUCGCAAAUACGGGAUGACAGAUGCCUCCCCAACCAAAUCUGCCUCUUUUUCUCCGGAGACCUGGUACCGGAAAGCCUACGAGGAGUCGAGGACGGGGAGCCGCCCGCCCCCCGAGGGAGCGGGCUCAAUGCCCGGGUCGUCUGGCACACCUUCGCCUGGAUCCGGCACGUCCUCUCCUGGGUCUUUCUCGGGCUCACCCAUAUCCCCAGGAAUCGGGACCGGGUCGCCGGGCUCUCUGGGCGGAUCCCCGGGAUUCGGUACUGGGUCCCCGGGUUCUGGCAGUGGAAGCUCGCCGGGUUCAGAGCGCGGAAUAUGGUGCGAAAACUGCAAUGCUCGGCUGGUGGAGCUGAAACGACAGGCUCUGAAGCUGCUCAUCCCUGGACCGUAUUCUAGCAAGGACCCCUCCUUCUCCCUGCUGCUGCAUGACAAGCUGCAGGUGCCCAACAGCACGCGUAAGGCGUGGAACGAGCAGGACGGCCGCUGCUCCGUCUGCGCCACGCACCUCAACCAGCUGAAGCAGGAGGCCGUGCACAUGGUGCUCACGCUGGAGCAGGGCGACGUGUCCCCCGGGUCGCCCCCCUCCCUCGCCAGCCGCGGCGGUGGCGGCGCCCCCCGCCCCAGGGUCCCACCCCCCCACGGGACUGGAAGCGUAGGGGGCGUCCACCACCACCAGGGCUACCCCAAGCACGGCGGAGCCAAGCCCAACAGUCUGGGGGUGAGUACUGUGGUGGAGUGGAGAAACGCGGGCAAACCUGGCGCUCAGACUCAGACGCUGCAGCCUCUCCUGAUGGGCAGCGCCAGUGGCAACAACUGUGGUAACGUGCUCAGCUCAGUCGCCCUGGCAACGCACCAGUACCUGGACGGCUCCUGGACCAUGACCCGCGCCAACGGGGUCACCCUCUACCCCUACCAGAUCUCACAGAUGGUUCCAGAAGGAAACCGCGAGGGGUUGACCGAAGCUGCGCUGAACCGCUAUAACGCAGACCGGCCGACGACCCACAGCACCCCCGCCCCUCCAGCGCCCCCCCCAGUCACCACAGCGCCCUCUAGUGGCACAUCUGCUGCCGCCUCCUUCUUCGCCAGAGCUGCCCAGAAGCUCAACCUCUCCUCCAAGAAGAGGAAGCAGCGCCCGCCCCCCCCAGUGGCCAGUGACCCCCCCCUCUUCCCCACCAACUUCAGCGGCAUCCUGCAGGUGUCCCCCCCCCCAGCGCCCCCCUGUCUGCUCCGGGCAGUCAACAAGGUCAAGGACAAUCCAGGACUUGGCAAGGUGAAGGUGAUGCUGCGCAUCUGCCCCGUGUCGCCCCCGGAGACGGCCGAGUCCAGCUCCUUCCUGAAGGUGGACCCUCGCAAGAAGCAAGUGACCAUCAUGGACCCGGCGUCGAGCGCCCCCCAGCAGAACACCACCCAGAAGCGGGGAAGCUCCAACCAAGCUCCUCCCAAGAUGUUCGCCUUCGACGCCGCCUUCCCCCACGACGCCUCGCAGGCGGAAGUAUGUGCAGGCACAGUUGCUGAGGUCAUCCAGUCUGUGGUCAAUGGAGCGGACGGCUGUGUGUUCUGCUUUGGCCACUCCAAACUAGGCAAAUCCUACACCAUGAUCGGGCAGGACGACUCCACGCAGGGCCUGGGCAUCAUCCCCUGCGCCAUCUCCUGGCUCUUCAAGCUCAUCAACGAGCGCAAGGAGAAGACGGGCGCUCGCUUCUCCGUCCGCGUGUCCGCCGUCGAGGUCUGGGGCAAAGACGAGAACCUGAAGGACCUGCUGUCCGAUGUGGCCACAGGCAGUCUGCAGGACGGCCAGUCACCGGGGGUCUACCUCUGCGAGGACCCCAUCUGCGGGAUGCAGCUCCAGAACCAGAGUGAGUUGCGUGCGCCCACGGCGGAGAAGGCUGCCUUCUUCCUGGACGCGGCCAUCGCCUCCCGCUACAGCAGCAGGCCGGACUGCGACGAAGAGGAGCACCGCAACUCACACAUGCUCUUCACCCUGCACAUCUACCAGUACCGCAUGGAGAAGAGCAGCAAGGGCGGCAUGUCUGGAGGUCGUAGCCGGCUGCACCUGAUCGACCUGGGGAGCUGUGUGAAGGUGUUGAGUAAGACUCGUGACAGCACCACGGGCCUGUGUCUGUCCCUCUCCGCCCUGGGCAACGUCAUCCUCUCCCUGGUCAACGGCAGCAAGCACAUCCCCUACAAGGACAGCAAGCUGACCAUGCUUCUGCGGGAGUCUCUGGGCAACAUGAACUGCAGGACCACCAUGAUCGCUCACAUCUCCGCCUCACCGAGCAACUUCUCCGAGACUCUGUCCACCCUGCAGAUCGCCUCGCGAGUCCUGAGGAUGAAGAAGAAGAAAGCCAAAGUAAGCGUGCAGUACACAUCCAGCUCCUCUGGCGGGGAGAGUUCCUGUGAGGAGGGCAGGAUGCGGCGGCCGACGCAGCUGAGGACGUUCCACUCUCGGAACGCGUCGGACCCCGCGAUGCCCCUGGUGCACCUCUCGAGCGACCAGGACGACUACUCCAGCAGCGAGCAGUCCUGCGACACCGUCAUCUACGUCGGCCCCAACGGCUCCGCCCUGUCCGACAAGGAGCUCACGGACAACGAGGGCCCGCCAGAAUUCGUGCCCAUCAUCCCGUCCCUUCACAACAACAACAAGGCGGAGCAGGGCCCAGCGCCCCUGUCACCCCAGAAGCUCCAGCCAGCGUCCCAGCAGCCCCAGCUGGCAGCGCCGCCCCCGGUGCCCGUGCAGACGGUCCAGCCUCUUGGCCCCCUGGCCCCCGUGCCCGAGGAAGGGGCCGAGCCAGAGAAGCUGGUCGACUGCCUCAAGUGCAACACGUUCGCCGAGCUGCAGGAGAGGCUGGGGUGCAUCGACGGGAGCGAGGAGGUGACCCGGUUUCCUUUCGAGGAGGUGCCCGUGUGCAGAGCAGCGGGUCACCACCAGGGGGGGCUUGACGCCAGGUGCGUGGAGCCGGGCACGCCGAAGAGGAUGACCAACGACCAGCAGCUGGAGGAGAUCCGCGAGGUGCUGGAGGAGGCGGAGCUGGCCCAGUCCAUCAUCGAGAGCCUGACGCAGUCGUCCAUGUGCGGCCUGACCAGCAGCCGCAGCGUGACGGGCGGGAGUGGCGUCAGCCAGAUCGUGCCGCUGCAGAGGGCCAAGAGCUCCAGCCUGCACGACAGCCGGGAGUCCAUCAGCGGCGCCAGCAGCAGCGAGGGCAAGCCGCGCGCCAUGGGCUCGCCCAGACUGGGCAUCGCCAGCCUCACCAAGACCUCGGAGUACAAGCCGCCGCUGUCGCCCUCCCAGCGCAGCAAGGUGUACACCCAGAAGGGGGUGAUGCCCAGCACGCCGCCCUCGUCCUCCCACAACCUGAGCAAGGACAGCGGGAAGUCGUCCACCGAGGACCUGCUGGAGGGCGAGUCCCGGACGUCCCCCGUGGGGAUGAGCCCUCAGGUGCCGCGAGACUCCUGCUGCUCCUCCGUCAGCAUGGGCUCGGCCGAGACGCUGUGCAACGACGACGUGCCCCAGCUCCCGCUGGACGGCAGGAAGGAGGCGAAGAGCACGGCCACGGUGCUGCUCCAGCGCCCCCUGGAGUCCGCCAACGGCGAGGACGAGCUGGUGUUCACCCUGGUGGAGGAGCUCGGCGUCACGGGCCGUGGGGUCAGCGGGGGCGUGCUGGAGAACGGCCGUCCCACCAGCAUCAUCAGCUUCAGCAGCGACUGCUCCGUGCAGGCCCUGGCCUCCGGCUCGCGGCCCGUCAGCAUCAUCAGCAGCAUCAGCGAGGACAUGGACCGCUACGCCACCGUCACCGCCGCCUCCGCCAGCGCCACCACUGCCACCAUCUCCGAGGCUAACCUCGCCCGCUUCCUGCCCACCCAGGGCCGGCACGAGGGGGGGGCCGCGGCGGCCGCGGCAGCGGCUGCGGCGUUGUUGCCGGAGCCCCACCGACCCUCCUCCAUCAGCUCCUGGCUCAGCGAGGUGAGCACAGGCAGCGAUGGCGAGCAGUCCUGCCACAGCUUUGUGGCGCAGCACUGCUUCGGCCAGGAGGAGGCGACGGCGGAUUCCCCGGCACAGGAGGAAGGUCUGGGCGACGCGGCGAGUGGACGCAAGUCUUCAGCGGGCGAGGUACUUUUGGCCAAAGCUGACAAACCAAACGAGAAAGGCACCCCGACUAUGGAGAAGCUGAGCAGGAUGAGCAGGAUGUCUCCCACCCUUAGCAGAACCACAGUGUCCGUGUCCACCGUCCAAGCGCUGGCGACUAUGAGCGGCUCGGCUCCCUUCAAGACAACCAUCACGGUGCACCCCUGCGUUGCGGUCAAGCCAAUGACCAUCCAGGACUUGGCCGCCGUGUCCUGUUCCCCCACUAAAACUGCCCCGCAACUCAAAGAAGCCAAAUGCCCCCUGCUGCCCCUCUCCAGUGACAUCAUCUUCGACGACCCCUGGAUGAGGCGUGGAGAGGACUUCAAGCCCAGGGAGCUCAUAUGUGAGGUCAAGCCGGAGAAGCGCCUGGCGGACUCGGUCAAGGCCAAGAGUGCGAUCGACCGCAGCAGCUCCAGCAGCGGUGAGGCGGCCUGCUCCCCCCCCGACGCCUUCAAGAGGGCGGUGGACGGGCGCGAGGUGGCGCCGGCCGAGGGCACCGCCGCCGCCGCCGCCUUGUUUUCGGCCGACAUCCUCCGCACCGGCAGCCUCCCGCGGGGCUGGCACCGCCUCAACCGGCAGGACGACCUGGAGGACACCGCCUCGCUGCGGUACGCCCGAGGGUUCGGGGUCACGACCUCCACGCCGUGCAGCCCCCGGGCCACGCUGGAGCGCAGAGGGUCGUCCUCGAGGCAGGGGGGGCUCUUCGCCCGGCAGAAAGGAAUCCCUCCUCUGCCGCCGGUGCGCAAGUCCAGCCUGGACCAGAAGAACCGGGCUGGUCCGCAGCACACCUCCGGAAGCAUGCAGGCGCUCUCCUUCCUGGGAAGCAUCCCCGACGACCUCGGCGGCAACGGGAAGCAGAAGGGGUCGAACAUGGAGAGCAGUCGGCUGUUCAGUGCCAAGCUGGAGCAGCUGGCCAACAGGACCAACUCGCUGGGCCGAUCUCACGGGGGUCAGUACGCGUGCCAGUCCCUGCAGCGGGCCGAGAGUCUGACGUCUGUGGGCCUCAAAGGUGGCGUCGCCAGGGACUCCACGAUGCCGAGGGCCGGGAGGAGCUUAACCCGCGGCACCUCUGUGCCGUCCCCCGCCAACGGCAACAACAACAACACCCCCCAGUCGCCCAAAGGCGGCCAGUCGAAGAUCUCCGCCGUGAGCAAGCUCCUCAUGGCCAGCCCCAAGGUCCGCAGCCUGUCCACCUCCAGCACCAAGACCCUGAGCUUCUCCACCAAGUCCCUGCCCCAGUCCGUCAACCGCAGCUCCAGCCUGCCCCCCAACGGGAAGAACCAGAACCAGAGCUCCUGGUCGACCCAGUCCCUCAGCCGGAGCCGCGGGUCGGCCCUGGCCUCCAAGCUGCCCCUGCGGGCCGUCAACGGGCGCAUCUCCGAGCUGCUCCAGGGCAGCGGGGGGGGCGCCCGUGCGGCGGCGGCGGCGGCGGGCCACGCGCGGGGGGCGGGCGACCCGGAGGAGCGGGGGAGCGCCGGCGCUCCGCAGGGCGGGGAGGAGAAGCCCGUGGUCCACACGCUGCCGUCGCCGUACAGCAAGAUCACGGCGCCGCGCCGACCCCACCGCUGCAGCAGCGGCCACGCCAGCGACAACAGCAGCGUCCUGAGCGGGGAGCUGCCCCCCGCCAUGGGCAAGACGGCGCUCUUCUACCACAGCGGGGGCAGCAGCGGGUACGAGAGCAUGAUCCGCGACAGCGAGGCCACGGGCAGCACGUCGUCGGCCCAGGACUCCAUGAGCGAGAACAGCAGCUCCGUCAGCGGGCGCAGGAGUCUGAAGAACUCCAAGAAGAGAAACAACACAGGGACCCAGAGGCGGCGUCUGAUCCCCAACCUGAACCUGGAGACGACGUCCCCGGUCCGGAAGCCCAUGAUCAGCCCGGGUGUGCGCUGGGUGGACGGCCCACUCCGCCCCGCCCAGAGGGGUCUGGCCGAACCCUUCGAGAUCAAGGUGUAUGAGAUCGACGACGUGGAGCGCCUGCAGAGGAGGAGGAUGGGGGGAAACAAGGAGAUGGUGUACUUCAGCGCCAAGCUGAAGAUCCUGGAGCACCGACAGCAGCGCAUCUCGGAGGUACGGGCCCGGUACGACUGGCUCAAGAAGGAGCUGGAGCAGACCAAACAGCACCUCAUGCUGGAGCCCGAGAAGUGGACCACAGAGUUUGACCUCCAGCAGUCGUUCGAGGUGGACUCCCUGGAGUACCUGGAGGCUCUGGAGUUUGUCACGGAACGUCUGGAGAACCGGGUGAACUUCUGCAAGGCCCACCUCAUGAUGAUCACGUGCUUCGACGUUACCUGCAAGCGCCGGUAGAGGAAGUGGCCGCGGCGGUCAGGAGAAUGAGAAAAAGGACCAUGGGAAGUCGUGCUGUCUUGGCCUCUCUUUGAUUGUGUUUGAUGAGUUUGAGCAAAGGACCAUGGGAAGUGGAGUUGUCUUGGCCUCUCUUUGAUUGGGUUUGGACCGGGAGGAAGUUGUGAAGAUGUGGCCCAUCCUUCAAGCGGUGACCACGGAAACAAAAAAAAAGACUAUUUUUCUAAAGUGGGAUGAUGAGCUGGGACAGCGGGAGGACGAGAAAAAGCGGAAAAAAAAGAAGAAAUGAACGAAAGUUUUAUCAGAGGAUGGGCUGGCUGACUCCCCCGGACAGGACAUGCACUUUUUAAAAAACAUAACUUGGUGUUGUUGUUGUUGAUUGUAAAUACAGUUUGUUUACUUGCUUGCUUUGAACAAGGCCUGGAAAUCAGGAGGGCAUGGUCAUGAGGACAGAAAUGUGAAAAGACUACAAAAAAAAAAAAAAAAAAAAAGCUGAAAAGAAAAAGAAGAUGUGAGGACAACAAGUGCCUUGUAAACAUUUAGAUAUCAACCCUUUUUUCCUGUAUCGUGUACAGCUGGUGCUAGCCUGCCUAGAUAACGUUAAAGAGAAGAAGAGAAACAGCUUGUUUGACUUGGUGUUUGAUCCCUCGGACUUCCUGUCCUUCAGUACUUUGUGUGUAUAGUUACACAUUAGUCACAUGCAAACUGUCCUGUGUACCUUUUUCUAGUCUUAUUAUUGUUCGUUUUCUAAUGACCAGAGACAGCCGGAGCACCGAGAGAGAUGAGGUGCGGGGUUGGGGUUGGGUUGUGUGCUUGGUGCGUUUAUUCCCUGGGUAUAUCUGCAGGCUCUUCCAGCGGGGAGAAGUCAUCGGUGCGGCCGGGCUUUAAUCCCACGGAGCGGAAGGUAUUAGUCGGAGGGCCUGAGACGAAGACAGAGAGAAAUAAACAAACAAACAAACGAACGAGCGAACAAACAAACAGAUCCAGCUCGGAGAGCCAUCAGGGCUGUCAAGAGACGCGUCACAGACCCAGGCAGGCUGCUUUCCGCCCGUACAGCGGCAGGGAUUAGUAUGCACUGUGCUGCACUGAAUGGCUUCAUCCUAACAUAGCUCCAUUAGUUUAACAUGGCAGUGUCGGCCAUCUUGUUUUUACAGAAUUGUCAAGCAGCCUUCAUGUCAGGCAAUAACAAUAAUAAUAAUAAUAAUAAUAAUAAUCACGUCCCUCACCAAUUUCUCUCGGUGCUCUUAUGUCCAUGUGCAUACCCUUUGGUAAGAAAAAAAAACCACAAUGUUUAUAUAUAUAUAUAUAUAAAUGGUGCUUGAGACAGUUUGAGAUCUAAAUGUUUAUAAAUAUAAAUAUAUAAAUAUAAAUAAAUAUACAGUAUAUAUAUACACACAGCCUGUUGCAGAUGCCAACUUCAAAAUUCACUUGCUUCUUCACACUCAGCUAUAUGCGCACACGCACAAACACGCAAACACGCAUACGCGCAAACACACGCACGCACACACACACACACACAUACAUACGCACACACACACAUACAUACGCACACACACAGUCACUCCUAGCUCCUGUUCUGCCAAAGGAGACUUCAUGCCGUUGUCCUAAGCCUCACCCAUUGUAAUGAAUGAAGGAUAUUAUUUAUUUUCCAACUCAGGAGGCCUGCGCGAGAGAUGCUUAUAGUCAUCAUUUAUUUACACAUAUUGGUCUGCAAAGUACUAUGCAUUCAAUGUUUGUACAGUUGCUGAAUUCAUUUCAUACAUAAAUAUACACAUGUAUACAAGACCUUUUUCAUUUUAUAGAUAUAUACGUUUUUUUUUUUUCCUUGCGUUUCUUUUAUCUUUUAUAAAAAGCACCGGCCGUAGAGGCCCAGGAUGAUGAUGAUGUCAUGGCGGCCCAGGAUGAUGAGGUCAUGGUCGGAGCUGAUGGUACUGACGCUCUGCUCAUGAGAGGCAUCUUCCCAAAACAGAGGCUGGCUCUAGGAAAGGACGCGGUUCUGUUCCGCGCCGGAUCGGAGCCGAAUGUGGGCCACAGCACCUCUUUGGGGUUCCGUCACUCCUGUGCCACGACAUGUUAUACAGACACGGAAAGGAACGUAGAGAAACAGUGUUUUUUUUGCGUUUUAUUUCGGUUGCUCUUAAAUCUAUGUGCGUGUCCACAAAUGGGGUCUAAAAAAAAGAGAGAGAGAGUCGAAAAGAGCGUGAUUCUUUUUUCUUUCUUUUUCCUUUUAUACCAGCGUGCAUCUCCCUGUCGUCUCCCCCCCCCAUCUCACAUGUACUCACAACUGAUCUAUUUAGAUUCCUCAUGAUAGCCAUGUUUGGACAGUCAACAGAACUGACGGACAAGGCUGUAAAAGGCUGAAGCUUGGACGAGGCGGUGGGAUUGAUGUCCAAUGGGAAUGAGUAUUUGAUAGUGACACUGGGAUUGAUGUCCAAUGAGAAUGAGUAUUUGAUAGUGACACUGGGAUUGAUGUCCAAUGGGAAUGAGUAUCUGAUAGUGACACGGGGAUUGAUGUCCAAUGGGAAUGAGUAUCUGAUAGUGACACUGGGAUUGAUGUCCAAUGGGAAUGAGUAUCUGAUAGUGACACAGGGAUUGAUGUCCAAUGGGAAUGAGUAUUUGAUAGUGACACGGGGAUUGAUGUCCAAUGGGAAUGAGUAUUUGAUAGUGACACGGGGAUUGAUGUAAAUAAAGAUUGUUUCGAAGUG